CUUUGCUCUUAGUCCCAUUGUCUAUCUUUCUCCCCACCAAGAAUUAUGAGCUGCGCGCGCAGCCGUUGCUUUUCACGGCAGGAUCGUACUGUGACAAAUGGAUGGUCCAGGUACAAUCACGUGGGAGGAAUUUGUCGAGAAUGCCGAGAGUUUUGUAAAUAUGUCGAAUCGGAUCUCUGACGGAUGGGAAUUUCGCGGUGACAAGAUACAUUUGCAGAGCGUGCCGGGCGAGGCGUACGUCGCUCGGCAACGGAAACGAUACAUUACCGGCGAUUAUUUGGCGCCGGAAAAUGACGAUUUCAAUUUCGUAUCGGAGCAAGACCCGUUCGAGGCUGAUUGCCCGAUCGAAAAACCAUUAGUUACAGAACAUCACGUACUAUGGUCGAUGAGCUACGGCGUUCCGGUGCUUUAUUUUAACGGAUGGAAAUCAGAUUUCCCUGGAAUUAAUCCGAUAUCUGUAGAAGAAGCACAGUCCCUCGUACGUAAUGCAGAAUUGAGAUACACAGAAUUGUCUCAAGCGAUACACCCGAUAUUGGGUACACCGUUUUUAUAUCUGCAUCCUUGUAUGUCUCACGAGCUCCUGCAAGUCACGAGCAAUAGCAAAAAUAAAUUAAUCAGCUGGCUAAGUACUGUUGCGCCCGCUGCGCUCAAUCUCGAAUUAUCAUCAGAAUAUUGUCAAUUGACUGUAAUAAAGUGACUAUAAGUUGGCAUAAA